UUGUUUGCAACAAUCAGUAAUCCACGUUGAAAAACAGAACCUACAUUUCACUUGCCAUGGAGCAAAGCAGAAUGGAUGGUUUGUACAAAAUUCGAGUGGGCAAGAUUUACAUCAGAGCUUAUCUUGAAAACCAAAUUCCAGAGAAUACAGCGCUGGACAUAGAAGAAAUAGAGCAAGCAAAACUACUGGAAAACAUGAUUCAAACUGAGCCUCAAGCUAUAAAGUUUGAAAAGGAAAACGCCUGUAGGCAAAGGUUAAAUAAGACUCAAGCUGACAGCUAUCUUGAACAGGCAGAGAUGAAAACUGAGAAAGGGGAGAGUAAAGAACAACAUAUGGGGGCAUCGUACAAAAGAUUUCAUUUUGAACAUUUUGAAAAACAAAGAGUUACAGAAUACCACCUUAGAGAAGAGCAGAUGGAAGAAAUUGCAUUACAUAAACUCAAGGGACAAGAAGAGCAGAAUUCUACUCAGAACGGUGGAAAUAUUUUUUUACUCAAGCCAUCAACAACUUCCAAAGAUCGGAAACAUUUUGCUACCAGACAAAAAAAUGCAGAGAUAGUGUCUGAUCAAAUUGUUGAGAUCAAAAGAAACGAUGCUGAGAAACAAAGAGACCAGGAUUCUACUCAGGACGAUGGAAAUUGUUUUUUUCUCAAGCCAUCAACAACUUCCAAAGAUCGGAAACAUUUUGCUGUUAGACAAAAAAGGACAGAGAUAGUGUCUGAUCAAAUUGCUGAGAUCAAAAGAAGCGAUGCUGAGAAACAAAAAGAGCAGGAUUCUACUCAAAAUGACGAUGGAAAUUGUUUUUUUCUCAAGCCAUCAACAACUUCCAAAGAUCGGAAACAUUUUGCUACCAGACAAAAAAGGACAGAGAUAGUGUCUGAUCAAAUUGCUGAGAUCAAAAGAAGCGAUGCUGAGAAACAAAAAGAGCAGGAUUCUACUCAAAAUGACGAUGGAAAUUGUUUUUUUCUCAAGCCAUCAACAACUUCCAAAGAUCAGAAACAUUUUGCUACCAGACAAAAAAGGACAGAGAUAGUGUCUGAUCAAAUUGCUGAGAUCAAAAGAAACGAUGCUGAGAAACAAAAAGAGCAGGAUUCUACUCAAAAUGACGAUGGAAAUUGUUUUUUUCUCAAGCCAUCAACAACUUCCAAAGAUCGGAAACAUUUUGCUACCAGACAAAAAAGGACAGAGAUAGUGUCUGAUCAAAUUGCUGAAAUAAAAAGAAGCGAUGCUGAGAAACAAAAAGAGCAGGAUUCUACUCAGGACGACGGAAAUUGUUUUUUUCUCAAGCCAUCAACAACUUCCAAAGAUCGGAAACAUUUUGCUGUUAGACAAAAAAGGACAGAGAUAGUGUCUGAUCAAAUUGCUGAGAUCAAAAGAAGCGAUGCUGAGAAACAAAAAGAGCAGGAUUCUACUCAGGACGAUGAAAAUAGUCUUUUUCUCAAGCCAUCAACAACUUCCAAAGAUCGGAAACAUUUUGCUACCAGACAAAAAAGGACAGAGAUAGUGUCUGAUCAAAUUGCUGAGAUCAAAAGAAACGAUGCUGAGAAACAAAAAGAGCAGGAUUCUACUCAAAAUGACGAUGGAAAUUGUUUUUUUCUCAAGCCAUCAACAACUUCCAAAGAUCGGAAACAUUUUGCUGUUAGACAAAAAAGGACAGAGAUAGUGUCUGAUCAAAUUGCUGAGAUAAAAAGAAGCGAUGCUGAGAAACAAAAAGAGCAGGAUUCUACUCAGGACGACGGAAAUUGUUUUUUUCUCAAGCCAUCAACAACUUCCAAAGAUCGGAAACAUUUUGCUGUUAGACAAAAAAAGACAGAGAUAGUGUCUGAUCAAAUUGCUGAGAUCAAAAGAAGCGACGCUGAGAAACAAAGAGACCAGGAUUCUACUCAGGACGAUGGAAAUUGUUUUUUUCUCAAGCCAUCAACAACUUCCAAAGAUGGGAAACAUUUUGCUGUUAGACAAAAAAGGACAGAGAUAGUGUCUGAUCAAAUUGCUGAAAUAAAAAGAAGCGAUGCUGAGAAACAAAAAGAACAGGAUUCUACUCAAAAUGACGAUGGAAAUUGUUUUUUUCUCAAGCCAUCAACAACUUCCAAAGAUCGGAAACAUUUUGCUACCAGACAAAAAAGGACAGAGAUAGUGUCUGAUCAAAUUGCUGAGAUCAAAAGACACGACGCUGAGAAACAAAAAGAGCAGGAUUCUACUCAAAAUGACGAUGGAAAUUGUUUUUUUCUCAAGCCAUCAACAACUUCCAAAGAUCGUAAACAUUUUGCUGUUAGACAAAAAAGGACAGAGAUAGUGUCUGAUCAAAUUGCUGAAAUAAAACGACGCAACGCUGAGAGAGAAGAAAAAUCCUUAGAGUUUGUUAAGAGUAAAGGCACAGAAGGACAACAGGAAAAACAAAGGGCAAGUAAUAAAUCAGAAACAAAAAAGCUGGAUUCAGACCAAUGUGAAGCAAAGGUUCUCCAGUCCCAGUUUUUAAAGUCUGGAUUAAAAGACCAAACUCUGAGGAUCUUUUUUGACUCAGAGGAUCUUGCCGAGGAGACUUGGAAUAGCAAUGUUGAUUCGCAUGAUUUCACCAAACUGUUCAUCUCAGUGACAGAAGCCCAAGUGGGACACCCCAGUCCACCAACUAGGUUACCUACAAAUGUUCAAACAACAAAUUCGCCUUGUUCAUCUGUUUCAGAAAUCAGUGCCCAAGGGAGAGUCCCCAAACCUCCAAGUGGUAAACCUACAUAUGUCAAUUCCAGAAAGUCUUCUCAUCGAUUAAUUCUAGAGACAGAUGCCAAAGUAACAGCCCCCAAACCUCAAAAACUAAAACCUAUAAUCAUCCAUAGCAAGAACUCCUCUUAUCCAUUCACUUCAGAUAAAGAUGCCCAAAUGGGGCCACCAAAACUUCCCAGCAUUAAACGUAGAAAUGACGAAGGCAGAAACUCCUAUCUUCGAUAUAAUUCACCAAGAGAUACCCAGGAGAGAAGCACAGAACUUCCAGCCAUUACAAUUAAGAAAGACCAAAAUUUCCUUUCUUACCCUGUCAAACCCCGAUACCUUGUCCUCCCUCCUAUUAUUAAUAAGGUUAACAUCAUUUUUUCCAGCCAGUUCUGCUAAAAACUAAAAAUUAUUAUUUUAUUUUUUUCCUAAUUCAAAUUAAAGAAACACAAUAAUAGGCCAAUAUAAAAGCUAGCAUGCACAGGUUCACCCUGUGUGUGGGCGGGUUCUCUCUGGGUGCUCCAGCUUCCCCGCAGUUCUCUCAGCUCAGCUCAAAUUAGCAACACAAUUCGAAUUAAAGAAACACAAUAAUAUCAGUAGUAUGGAGACAAAUUUCUGCCAAAACGUUGCACACAAAAAAAAGUUUUGCACACAAAUAAAACUUGUUUUGCACACAAAAAGAUGUGUUUCACACACAAAACAAAUUGUUUUGCAAACUGU